UGAACAAAGGAUGUUUUCACCAUUUUCUUGCCGCUGUUGCUGCCUGACGCCAGCACCUUGUUAAUGAUGUUUCCUGACUUUGCUCCAUCAGUGCUUUUCUCAAGCAUUUUGUUGGUAAACACAUGGAAACCAAACUAUUGUGGGGGAUGAAAUCAGCUUCCUUUUACUCAGCUCAUUGGUAGCAGAGCAGGUGCACAUCGUUGCAGCUCAAAAAGAGGAAUUUGUGGGUUUUGCAGUGGUUCUUUUUGGAUUUGGAUGAAACUCAGACACCUUCCAUUAGAAUUACCAGUGUCUAAUUGCAUUUGUGUGAAAAUCUUGUGGAUGUUUGCAGAGUGCUGGAGUGUCCUGGAGGAUGGUGGUGCCCGGGAAUUCCCCGCUGAUCCAGCAGGACCCUGCUCUGGAGCCAGCCCUGGGCAGAGACGCCCCCGAGCACUCAGCCAUGGGCACAGAGCCCCCCCAGGACGUGGGCCCCGAGGUGCUGAAGCUGAGGGAGCUGGUCAGGAGGCUGGAGCUGGACAGCCAGCACAGCAGGAGCAGGAGCAGCAGGAGCCUGCUGGGGACAGGGGACAUCCGUACUGGGGUGGAUAACCACGAGCCCGGCCUCAAGGAGAUCAACAACAGCAUCAAGGCCAUGGCCGAGCAGCAGGAGCUGCAGCUGAUGGCAGAUCUGCACAGCCAGCUGAGCAAGAUGAGGCAGGAGGAAGGAGAGAACAGCUUCAAGAGAGCCCUGGAUGCAGCAGUGCAGUACAGCUGUGGCCCUGAGGAGGUGUCUCCCAGCGGGGAGCAGAGCCACAGCAAUGGGUGCUGUCCCUCAGCUGUGCAUGCCAGUGCCAGCUCCGAGCUGCUGGGCAGCCUGCUGAUGGCAGGGAUCCACAGCCCAGCUGGCAUCCAUGAACAGAGCCCCGGUGAAAAGGGGGCAGAUCUCCAGGGCCUUCCCAGCCACGCAGGUCUGGAUGAAGUCAAAGUGUUGGAACUGGAGAAUUGCCCCGAGGAGGAGGAUUGCUGGCUCUAUGUGUCUCCAAGGAAAUCAGUGGAUGAGAAAACAGCCUCUCCUCUGAAAUGGUGCAGGCAGGUGCUGGACAACCCCAGCCCAGAGAUUGAGGCUGCCUGCAGAACCCUCAUCAACAGGCUGGACCAAGCCAGUAGAUGGAAAAACCUGUAUUGCAGCCCCCUGGCCUCUCCCAGCGCCCAUAACCUGAAUUCCGAGGCAGGCUCCUGUAGCAAUGCACUAAACUCUCCUGGGCACCUCAAAUCGACUAACAAAGCACUACUAACCUGUGGCAGCUCAGGGUACCUGAGCAUGCACUCGGCCCUGAGCUCCCAGUCCUCGGUGGACAGCGAGCUGAGCACCUCGGACGACUCCAUCUCCAUGGGCUACAAACUGCAGGACCUCACUGAUGUCCAGGUCAUGGCCCGGCUGCAGGAGGAGAGUCUGCGGCAGGACUGCGCCUCCAGCUCGGCCUCGGCGUCGCGCCGCAGCUCCAGCGCCUCACUGCACUCGCUGCGCCGCGGCGGCGCCUACAGCGACCAGGAGCUGGACAGCUACAGCCUGGAGGACGAGGAGGAGUGCGAGGGGGAAGGGGUCCCUGAGGAGCUGAGGCACAGCAUGCCCAACCUGGCCCGCAGCAGCCUGCGCGCGCUCGAGGCCGUGCGCAGCAGCCGCAGCCUGGAGUGCGACCUGCAGGUGCCCGGCAGCCGCAUCCCCAGGACUCAGCAGCGGUCAGCAGGUCUGACUCCCAGCAAGCUCAGGUACUCCUCGGGGGCCCCGCUGACGCCGCGCCCGCCCGCCAAGGGAGCCAGCACCUCCCUGCUGCCCGGCAGGCAGCUGGGCAAGCCCUGCAGCUCUGCAGCUGCCCCAGGGCGCAGGGCACAGCUGCACACAGCCUCUCCCAGCAGCAGCUGCACCUCCAGAGCCAGCAGCGUGCUCACUGUGGCCAAGGGCUCGGCCCUGAGGGCGCGGCCGGCCGUGGCAGGAGCGGCCGUGCCCAAGGGAAAGGCAGCGACCCCGUCCAGGAGGUUCCUCCAGGCAGCACAGACCCCCCAGGCCCCCGAGGAUGACUCCUGGAAGGAUGGGUGCUACUGAGAGGCCAGAACCCCUCUGUGGAGCAGAUCCCAGCUGGCUGGGCAUGAUGUCCCUGCAGACUCUGUACAUAUCCCACCCCUCACUCUGUGCUCUCCACAGCAGCCACCUCCCUCUGCUCUGCCAGGAGCUGGGGCUGGGACACAGCUCCCAGCCCUCACUGAACCCUGAGUCUUCCCAGGAAGACUGGAAAAGCCUUAUUUGAUCACAGCCCAGCUGCAGCCCUGGGCAAGGUGCCCCAUCCCCUCCCAGGGGUGUCCUCUCUGUGCCACAACUCUGAGCUGGUGCUGUGGCAGAGCUCGUGGUGAGUAGAAAUAGUGACCUAGGUGUUAGAUUUGAGACUUUUUAAACCCAACCUGAUGUACUCUAAUAUUUGUCUGGAAUUCAAUUGGGUUUGGUUUGGUUUUUUUUUUUUACUUCUGUAUAGAAUGUAUUUCUGCUACUUUUUAUUGUUUGGUCUAGAGCUGCAGGUUUUUAUAACUGUAGAACACUCUGAGCUGUUGUAUCCAGGUGUCAGCACAGGUCACAAGGAGCAGUACACAAUAUUUGUGUGGGGUGGGAACAGGCAGGGACAGGGAUGCCAGUUAAAAACUGCUGGGCACCAGCACCUUUUACCUCAGCUGAGCGAGUUCAACACCACCUCAGAGUCACCUUUUUACAAAUCACCUUCCCUGACAGCUUUGUCUUCAAGUGUUGGAGCUCUCAGCUGGUUCCCAACUGCCCUGAAUUUUGUAGAAAUUUUCUACUGUCUCUUAAGGAUUCUGUUCCAGUGUCCUUUUCCUCAGCAAGUGCUGGAUGCUCCAAAUACAGUCUUAGUCCAGGAAAUAUGCACUGAUAGCAAUGUUCUCCCUGCCAUCAAUGUGACUUUGAUAGUGUAGUUUAAUAAAAU